GAAUGUUAGAGAGAACAUAACUGCAGGAUAAGACGGCUGGCGUCCAUCUCGUGAACAACGUGCUGAUAGGCAGUAUGCAGGUUUUUGAGCUGUGUGUUUGGACCGUCGUGGCAGUUAUUCAUUUAAACUACAGUAUAGCAAAACCUAUGGAACCGCAUUCUAUCCAGAAUAAAUUAAAAAGAACACAAGAUUCCAGCUUAGCUACCAGCAGACUCUAUUUGCACAGCACACAGACAAACAGGACCGGACACGGCCAUUCCGACACGUAUCCAAGGCCUAGUGAUUGGCAAUGCCGUUCUGAGAAUCGCUGGCUUAAUCUUGGUGAGAAUUAUUACCCAAGAUUUUUAAAACAUGUUUUGUGCACAUCAAGGUUUUGCUACAACGACUUCUACACCUGUUUUCCACAGUAUUACCCAUUGACAGUCCUAAGAAAGCUUCAAGAAAAUGAAAUACCAACUAGAAACGAAACAGUCCUGUCGGCACUCCCUCCUCCACUCCGACAUACGUAUUCUUUUGAAGUUAUAGAAGUGUCCGUCGGCUGUGUAUGCGGGCAAUAAAAAUAAACACUUUCCGUGUUUUCAUUCCGUUUAGCAAAAUCAUUCCGAUUGAUAUGUUUUUUCCGCAUAAAUAUUACUACCUGAUUGAAUAACAGAGACUUAAGAUAUACAAUAAAGCUCUGUGUAAAUACAUAGAUAACAAGUAUAUUGACAUUUCAUAAAAUUACAAGGAAUCGCAAAUCAGCCGUGUAUUGGAAGAACAGUUUUUUCGUGAAAUACACCCCUUCCAUCCAGGGAGGCUUAAGCUUCGUACAUGAAGAUUUCAUUUCAAUUCUUUAUAUAUUAGGUAACCCAACAAAUAACAUGGCGCAUGGCUUUCGCCAAAGGCGUUCCUUUUUUAGGACUUUUGUCGUCUAUGCUGUUUAUCAUGUGGUAUUAAUAUUUCCAUUCUGAUUGCCUUCAGGCAGGCGGUAUAUGGGAAGAAAUGCUUAAAUCUUAAAACUGCAUAGAAUGCCGAAUAUCUGCUUACAGAUAAAUACAUUAUGUGAGUAGUGUGCAAUGUGUAAUAAGAGGUUUCCUUAUUAUAAAAAUAGGACGUUCAUUUUGUUUAAUAAAUACAGCAGUGCAUAUUCUAUAUGCUUGAACCAUUCCACGUAACAAGUCAUUUUUCACACGACAGACACAGUUUUGUAAUAAAAAGGUUUCUUGUUAUGUAAUAAGUAUGACUAACAUGACUUUGUUUGACUAACAGCGUCGUCGGUCUGAACGGUUCGUUCUAGUAUUUUUGCAUUGUUUGGGCAUGUAUCAAGUCCUGCAAUUCACGUUGAAAUGCUCAAAAUGUUAAUGUUGAUACUCAUAGAUAAACAUUGAUAAUUUGUUAUUGUUAGAAACAUUUUGCUAAAUGGUUUUUAAUUAGUUGAAAUAAUUGAACUGAACAAAAAGAACUGUACAAUAAAAAACAAAACAUGUUAUAUAUUACCCUUAUUUUAGUUAUGUUGGCAUUUACAAUAUCAGAUUUAUGUUACUUUUUGCUGAAGUGUUUACUACGGAAACGUUACAGGGCCUCCAUUUAAUGCGAUCAUGAGGUGUUAGACUACUCACUUUUUGAA